AUGUGGCAACCCACGGAUUCGGUCAAGUUGAGGAAGGCAUCGGACACCUGGGGUAGACAGAAAGGGAGGCGAGUCUUUGUCUCGAAGAGAAAGGAAUGGAAAUGGAGGAUGGAAAGGGAAGCCAAGCAUGAGAGCCCUGCAAGCGGCAACUACGCGUCUGUCCCAACCGCCCUUGCCUGGUCCAUCGCGUCCAAGUGCUUUCAUCCAUCCAACAAUCUCCAGCACUCCAGCAAUCCCACAAAGCAUCUUGGCCUGGUCACACCUCGAGUUGACACUUCAGCUUCCGUCUCGUCUUUCACGGCCUUCAUCCCUGCGCUCCUACCUGGCUCACUGCAGCACCCGACGACACCCACCCUCAAACGCGCUCCCAGCGCCUGCGCCGAGAUGACAGACUAUGCGAGCCUCAAGGUCCCCGACCUCAAGAAAUUGCUUCAAGAGCGCGGCCUUCAGCAGUCGGGGAACAAGGCAGACCUCAUUGCGCGCCUGCAGGACAAUGACAAGAGUAUGCCAGUCCUCAACUCUUCAUACUGCCCCGACAACCUCGACAAUCCUCGACCCUCUUUGUUUGCGCCCAACCCAAGACCAAACCCCCAAAUCCCAGAUUCCCCCGCUGUCUUUACCAAAAGAGUGCAUGCUGACCAGAACCUUGUCUCUCCAGGCCAGGCUGAGGACGUGAUUGACUGGGACGACGAUGACACUAAGAUUGCCUCUGCCGCUACCAAGAAAGAAGAGCCCAAGCCUGCACCCCUUCCAGCUGCCGACACAGAGACAGACACCCCUGCUGCCCCUUCAUCUGCGCCAGCCAAGACUAAGUCCGCCAAACCAGCCUCUGCUCCUGCUGCAGAAGCCGUCAGCACCGAGACAGAGAAGCAAGAUGAAGUCCCAAGUGCCGCAGCAGAGGACGCCGGUGCCGCUGCUCCCGCUGCUGACGAGAAGCCCGCCGAACCUGCCCCAAGCUUCGCGAUCGGCCUCGAGGCCAGCAACGCCGACGAGGAGCUCAAGAAACGCGAAGCGCGCGCAAAGCGUUUUGGCAUCACCACUGAUUCCAACUCGGAGGAAGCCAAGAAGGCCGAACGCGCCAAGAAGUUUGGCACCGACACCGCUGCCGUCGUGAAGGGCCUUGAUGCGCCUCUUCCAGAGCGCCGCCCCAAGCGUGGCCGUGAUCAAGGCGAACAGGCCGAAGGUGGAGGUAAGAGACAGGACCGACGCAACGGAGGCAACAACAAGUCUAGGGGCGGUCGUCGCGGCGGCGGUCGUCCCAACAGGAACGAGGGCGGCGGUCUCAACAUCUUGACCGACCCUUCCGAGAAGGCGAAGGCCGAUGCCAGGGCUAAACGUUUCGGCGGCGGCAAUUAG